UGCCUGACUGAAACUUUCUUUACACUGCGGCAAGCUCGCCGCUGUGACCCGGUCCAUCCUCGUUGCUUGUUUGCCUCAUUCGCUCUUGCACCUUUUUUUUAUACCCCUCCCCCUUGCACCUUCGAAACGACACUUCGCCCAUACUCGACGCUUGUGCGGGAGUAACGAUGAAGCACACCGUCUACGACCGCCUGCUGCGGCGGGAGAUCGGUCAAGAUCGCAAGCGAUAUUCCAGCGUUCGAGGAAUAUAUGGCGACCGACAAUGGGUAGAGGACAUGGAUAUUGUCAACGAACUGGAGGGACAUAAUGGCUGUGUGAACGCUUUGUGUUGGUCUAGGUCUGGCCGACUGCUAGCCUCUGGCUCCGACGACCACCGCAUCAACAUCCACUCGUACCACCCUGAGUCAUCGAACUCUCAGUUCAAUCUCACGACGUCGAUAGUGACCGGCCAUAGCUCCAACAUCUUCUCAGUGAAGUUCAUGCCCUACUCUAACGACAGAACCAUUGUCUCAGCCACCGAUGAUGUCCGAAUAUUCGACAUCGAAUACUCCGGCCAUUCUGCCUUGGGCUCGUCUUCUUCCGGAAGGCGCCGAACGGGAAUAAAUGGUGCUACGAACGGUGUCACUCUGACCGAAGGAGACACAAACGCCAAGGCCUUCCGGUCGCACAGCGACACUGUGAAGCGGAUCGUGACCGAAGACAAUCCCUUUUAUUUCUUGACAUGUUCAGAGGAUGGCGACGUACGACAGUGGGAUAUCCGGCAGCCAUCGAAGACAUAUCCAGCCCCGAAAGACAGUAUGGUGCCCCGAUGGGCGGCUGAUGCUGAAGCUUCGGACAGCGUUCCGCCACCUCUCAUCUCCUACAGCCGCUACCACUUAGAUAUCAACACCGUCUCGUGUUCCCCUUCUCAGCCACACUACAUUGCCCUUGGCGGAGCCCAUCUGCACUGCUUCCUUCAUGACCGUCGAAUGCUAGGUAGAGACAAAUUAAGGGAGAGGGGCACCAAACUUUCUAGUCCAAGCAACUGGAGUGACCAUGAAGGUGAGCUGUUCGGUAAGGCAACGCAGUGCGUUCGUAAAUUUGCGCCCAACGGUCGAAAGCGCAUGCGACGGGCCGAUAAUGGUCACAUCACUGCUUGCAAGAUCAGCGAUGCAAAUCCGAACGAAAUGGUAGUUAGCUGGUCAGGUGACUGGAUCUAUAGCUUUGACCUUCUACGAAGCCCCGAUGCCAGCGAGGAAAUUACCCCAACCAAGGUAACAAAUGGGGAUCCAAAGCACAGGGUGAAGGACAAAGGUCACAAACGAAAACGUACAAAGUCGAAUCUCUUGUCUGAAGAAGCGGCGGAGAGGGCUGGAUCCCGUCAACGUACAGAGAGUUCUCGCGGCUCCGUCUCGGAUAUCCACGAGCAGCUGUCAUUAAGGGUGAAUUAUGGAAAUGGACAGAGCGAGGAGAUACGCAUCGAGCCGCCAGGUCAGCCACGGAGCCCUCCUUCGGAGAUCCAGCACACGGUUCUGCCUGAUUCAGAUCAUUUCCGAAUUGCAAGGGCCGCCGUCAGGAUCCAGAAGCAGAUGUUUGCUCUCAAUUGGGCUACACCAGCUGACUCCACUUCCGGUCCCUCUAGCCAUAGAAACAAUUUCACGUCAGUUCUUGGCCUCGCUGCAUCAAUCAUACCAGAGGUCGACGACAUCUCAAGGACCUGGCGGUACCCCAUUAAUCCGAACGAAGUAGAUGUGGCGUUACAAAAUAAAUUACGCGAUGGGCGUGCUGCCACGCGAAGGUUUAUCCAGGUAGCGGGAACACUUGCUCGAGUGCUAGGUGGCCAACUUCGUACUGGAGGCAACGCUACUGCUCUCAUCUCUCAAUACUUUUCCUCAAUCCAACAACCAGCGCCGAACGAGCGCCCCCUCCCACGACACGAGCAGUUCGGAUAUGACUUCCUGAAAGCAAUCCUGCUAUGGUUGGAUAGCGGCCUCGGGGCUCUUGUCGAAGGCUUUUCAAGUCGAAGUAGUACUCCCCGCCUCCCGAUCGGUCCAGAUGCCGACGUCGAUGCCGUUGACGAUGAGCUUAUUCCUUAUCUCCUCCAAUUAGCGAGCGAAAAUCCAAUCGUGGAUGUCGAUGUGUCUCGCUUCGAAAGAGACGACACAAGGGUAUUAUUUUCCUCUGAGAAGGCAGCCGUAAUCGCCUUUGCGCGUGCGUUGAAGAUGCCAUUUGCUGAUCUGACUGGUGCCGUAAUUCCUGCUUCCGAGUCAUCAAGUGCACAACACAACGUUCAGGAUCGAAAAAAUGCCAUUAGUCAAUGGGCCUUCAAAGUAGGACGAGGGGUUCUCUUGAAUGCUAGCAAAGACAUAAGAUUCAUAUUUGUGGAUCGCUCUUUCGGUGGUCUUGGACUCGCAGAUUCAAGCACUAAAGCGGAAGAAAAGAUUUUAAGGGAGCGGCAAGAAGAUGUCGAUCCCCUUGAAGAGGAUGAUGCUGUAGCAGACGCCGAGCUAGUUAGCCGGGCUUGGGCAGAGCAGUCAAGCGAGCAGUCACCAGAAGCUUCAGGGUCAUACGAAACUGCUUCGUCAAGCCAGGGGGUAUCAAAUAUGUCGGCAACGCAUUCCAGAGAGCAUGCCGUCGGCGACACUGAUGAAGAUGAAGAUGAUGACGAUUCCGACGGCGAUAUUGAUCCUGACGAAGAUGAAGAUGAAGAUGAAGAGGCGGACGUGGACGCUCAUGGACUCUCACGCACGCGAAGUGGGCGUAUUUUGUGGCGGUCAGACUUUGAUCGAAGUCGCCUAAGGGAGCGAGUCGAAUCAGAAAUCCCAUGCUCUUCCCAUACGCGGACAUAUACCGGUCACUGUAAUGUUCGGACAGUCAAGGAUGUUAACUUCUUUGGCCUCCAGGACGAGUAUGUCGUGAGCGGAAGCGAUUCUGGCCACGUCUUCAUUUGGGAUAGGAAGACCUCACAGCUCCUUAACAUCCUGGAAGGGGAUGGGGAGACUGUUAAUGUGGUACAAGGUCACCCCUAUGAGCCUACUAUGGCGGUCUCCGGUAUCGACCAUACAAUCAAGAUAUUCUCACCCGAUGCCCAGGAACAGCGGAAUGCUCGCAAAGGCAUUGGAGUCCACUCUGUGGACCCAGGCUUCUCGACUCUCGGCUAUGCUCGGAGGAGAUGGAGGAGUGCGUCCGCAUCUCCAACUUCUGAGCCUGCAGUCCCCAAUGGCUCUUCCCAAGAACCACAAGAUGCUAGCGAUGAUGAUGAAGUUGCUCUAAAUGGUCUUAGUAGCAAGAAGCGCAUGCAUAAGCAGUACCAGAUUACGAGUCAAAAUGACAUGGAGAGGAAAGGCGGUAGAAAUGAUGCCUUUAUAACGAGAGCCCUACUUGCUCAACUAGCCCAGCGAAUUCAUGCACAUUCGCAUAUUGGCGGCGAGGAAGACGAAGAUGGAGAAGAGGGUGGAACGAUUUUCAUCAAUAACGAUGAUGUUUGCACGACAAUGUAGAGACCGCCGGCAUGACUCUCUUAUGGUCCACUCCUUUGGCCUGUAUAUCCCGCUUUAUGGCCUUCACCACUCAUUACGGCAUGUUAACUCAAAAAGGGCUUACGGAAUCAAUUAGAGGAAAAGCUUUAGGGGUCUGUCAUAUGGACUUCUAGUCGACAGUUGCUGUCAGCGUAAAUCUCCUCCGCUCAGAUUGCUAGCAUCGCGAAUCAACAUACAGAAUCUAUAACAUGAUUAAUAUCUGAAUGAUCAACUUUGGACACAGGGCAAAGGACUACUUUCAGGAAAUUAGACGGCCUAGUAUUUGAGUAAUUCUUGCUAGUCGAACAUGCCACGUCGUUCUCGCCCACGAGAUUACCAGCGCAGAGUCAAAUGAUACAAGUAUGAAGCCUGUCCAAUGGCAAACGCCCAGAAUGCGCAGACCAACAUGCUUGCUCCGAAAG